AUGAAUCCGAUUUUGAACGUGGGUAUAUUAGGUACCGGUAUCUUUGCGAAGAAUAGGCACUUGCCCUCCUUUCAGUCCUAUCCUGAUAAAUUCAAGGUGGUAGCAGCUUGUAAUCGUACUAAGAAGAAAGCCGUUGAAUUUGCCGUAACAGCAGGCAUUUCAGAACAGAAAGUGUAUGAUGAUGUGGAGAAAUUGAUGCAGGAUCCUGAUGUCACAUUUAUAGAUGCUCUGUUGCCCGUCCAAUUUAACUUGACUGCGGUCGAGAAAGCCGUGGCUGCAGGGAAACCUAUACUUUUAGAAAAGCCUAUAGCUGCUAAUCUCGAACAAGCAAGAGCUAUAGUAGCUAUUUCUGAAACGACAAACGUUCCAAUUGCAAUUGGAGAAAACUGGUUGUAUUUGAACUCCAUAGAUGUUGUAAAGAGUAAGCUGGAAACCAUUGGGGAGGUGGUAGGAUUUACUUACAAUUCCACUGGCCCCUUUGUAAAGAAUAACAAGUAUAUGGAAACUUCAUGGAGGCAAACUCCAGAACAUAUAGGAGGUUUUUUAUCGGAUGGUGGGGUUCACCAACUUGCAUUGUUGACAGAACUACUGGGCGAAAUUGAAUCUGUAGCUGCUCUAACAAAGCAAAUACGUGAGUUAUCGGGGGCUGAUGACACCGUUUUUUCUACUUUGAAGAUGCGUUCAGGUGCAGUUGGUACUUUCACGUAUGGUUCAGCAUUCGGUGCUACUAAUAAAUGGAUUUAUGUGAAGAUAUAUGGGACCAAGGGCUCUAUUUUGUUAGAUAUUUCUAACAAGGUGGAGGCUAAAAUCCGCGUUCAGCUUGGGGACAGUUUAGAGGAUUCCGGCUCAAUAGAAGAAUUUGAGGUUGAAGAAGAAGGAUCCUUUGGAGUCAAUGCGGAAUUCCUAAACUUUUAUGAAGCAGUAGUCAGUGGUGACAAACAGGUUGUGAAGGGAUCACCAAAAGUAGUGUUUCACCACUUGGCCUGUGUAGCAGCUUUCCUCGACUCGUCAAAGGCAAAUGGCAGCAGUGUUCAGGUACAAGCAGCCUAA